AUGUCAUUUGUCCACGUCGGGUUUCAACUUCCCAAUGGAACCCGCAUAGUGCAUGGCACUGGCGCUCUCACCAGAGAUGCCUUCCCGCCAGACAUGGGCAUUCCAGGCCAACUUCAAACCUUCAGCGGAGGGCAUGCAAAUGACCCGUCUACGCCCUGUUUCUGCGGUCCCCAAGGAUUAUUACCUUUCAACACAAAUACCCGGAUGCCGCGUCAUGUACAUCUGGCGCCGGACCUGGCCGGCAAAGGCCAUCGCUAUGUCGUUGAAAAGAUCAUGGUCAUGGAGGGGGUGGCAGUAGCUGAGCUUGGGGGCGAGUUCUACGUGAUUCCGCCCUACACCCUGGUGCUAAUAGGGGCUGGCGUACCACACGCCUGGACCGCAUGUCCCCCAGGAAUCGACUUUGGGGCAUUGGGGUUUCCCACCGGCGAGAACAUUGUUUCAACCGGGAAAUUUGUUGCGGUGUUCGAAUAUGAAGCCCCUACGCCAUUCUUCCCGACGGCGCAAACAAAUACGCUGACUAGGGAAGAGGAAUAUGUCAGACACGACGAUCUGCACUCCAUAAGGAUUCCAGGGAUGACGGCAGAAGAACUUCAAGAACAGGCAUGGUUUGUGUGGGGGAAAGAAGCACGGAAACUCCACUAG